AUGCCUAAGCAAUCUUCAAAAUCGGGAAAGAGACAGAAGCGGGACGAUGACAACGAUUCGGACGAGAGCGCCGACGACGACAUCCAGCCCAUCCACUUCUUCGUCCCGGGCGAAAACAUCAAUGCGGCAGUUCUGGUGGAAUAUAUCAAUCGCUAUGUGGACCGGACGGCGAAGAUUACAUCGGCUCAGCAUCCCACAGUACGAUUGAGUGGUUGUGGCAUUCUCAAUUGGUCCUGGCUGACUAUUUCAGGAUAA